CAAAGGAAGGGCAGCCCUUUGAAAAACUUUCUGGCGCUCCAAACACUUCGUUUCUCUCCAGCCACAUUUUCUCCUUAUUUCCCCCCUUUAAACAGGACCAACACUAGCUCCAUUUUCUCCUCAAAGCCAUAGAGAGACAGAGAUACAAAACCAACAAAGAGAAAAAAAGAACAAUCCAACGAAAAAAAUUGUUUCAAAUGGCCAAGAACAACAAUUCUUGUCAAUCUUUGAUCCCAAGCUUUCUUUACUCUUCUUCCGCUGGCUCCAGUUAUAAUGGAGGAGUGCCGCACCUCCUGCAACAGUCUAAGCUUUCACCAUCAUCCAACAGUGGUGAUCAUGGAGUGCUGUCAAAGAACUUUGCCAUACCAGCACCUUCGGAGAAGAUAGAGAUGUUCUCACCAGCUUAUUAUUUGGCUUGUACUGCUGGUGGGAUUUUUAGCUGUGGACUCACUCACAUGACUGUCACUCCUCUUGAUCUUGUCAAGUGCAAUAUGCAGAUUGACCCAUCAAAGUACAAGAGCAUUACUUCAGGAUUUGGAGUAUUGCUCAAGGAGCAGGGAGUUAGAGGUUUCUUUAGAGGAUGGGUUCCUACCUUGCUUGGUUAUAGUGCGCAGGGUGCUUGCAAAUUUGGAUUCUAUGAGUUCUUUAAGAAGUACUACUCAGAUAUGGCUGGCCCUGAAUAUGCAGCCAAGUACAAGACCUUGAUUUAUCUUGCUGGUUCAGCAUCUGCUGAAUUAAUUGCUGAUGUUGCUCUCUGCCCUAUGGAGGCAGUGAAAGUUCGUGUCCAAACUCAGCCUGGUUUUGCUAGGGGCUUGGCAGAUGGCAUGCCAAAGUUUCUCAGAUCUGAAGGUUAUUCUGGGUUAUACAAAGGGCUUGUUCCUCUUUGGGGACGUCAGAUUCCAUAUACAAUGAUGAAAUUUGCGUCCUUUGAGACUAUUGUGGAGCAACUAUACAAGAAUGUCAUCCCAACACCAAAAGACCAGUGCAGCAAAAAUUUGCAGCUUGGAGUCAGCUUUGCUGGUGGAUACCUUGCUGGUAUACUCUGUGCUAUUGUCUCACACCCUGCUGACAACCUGGUGUCUUUCCUCAACAGUGCCAGGGGGGCGACUGCUGGUGAUGCCAUCAGGCAGCUAGGUUUAUGGGGUCUCUUUACCCGCGGCCUUCCUCUCCGAAUUGUCAUGAUAGGAACACUUACAGGAGCACAAUGGGGUAUCUAUGAUGCAUUUAAAGUGUUUGUUGGCCUACCAACUACUGGUGGUGCUGCUCCUGCUCCAGCUGUUGCAAAGCCUUAAAUUUCGAGCUUACCGGUGAACAAGUAUAUCACCCUCCUAAGGGUUUCUUUUUGAUGGACAAAUAAUAGUUGGUCAGCUGAUACCAUGCUCAUUGGCAGUAUUCUUUUAAAACAUGAUUUGUAUUUCGUUGUUCUAUCAUCGUUGAUUGAUUCUUAAGAGGAUGAUUUUCAUUUCAUCUUCUAUUCUGAUAUGUUCAUGUUAAUUAGUACAGUCUAACAAGCAAUGUUGGAUCUCAGUUCCCACAAAGAGGAGAGUAUUAUGAUGUGAAAGUAACAUACCAGCUUCCAUGGUUUGAUUACCGAGUUCA